UGUGUGAUCCAUGGUACUAGUUGGAGUUCAUAUUCAGAGCAUCUACGGCCCUUACUGGAAAUUUUCUUGAAUUUGAGUAAGAGUUUCAUUUGGUAUGAAUCACUCUGACGAACAAACUCAAAUCUGAGCACAAGUUUGUGUAAAAACUUCGUAAUGGCAUAAUUGUAAAUUGUGAACUGCAAAACAAGCCUUAAAAAAUUUGAGUAAGGUUUGAGUCACUCUUUAUUUGGUUAAAAAUUCGAGUCAAUUAAAAGGUUAAGGGCUGGGGAUGCUCUUCGUUGAUCAGAACUGUAGUCAGAGAGCAAAUUUUUUGUCUUAUGAGCUGUGGUUGUUUUGAUGAAAACCCAAAUCUGCCCCUUUUAGUGACUUUGACUAAGAAGACUUAGGCAGGGUUUGGUUCACAGGAAUGAAGCUGGAACGGAAUGAUCAUUCAUUGGGAUGUUUUUGGUUAAUAUUACGGAAUUUUAUCAUUACAAAUGCAAUUAUCUUUCUCCAAUUCCAUUCCUUUCUAAAAUCAUUCCAGCAGAACGUUAUAGCUUGCAUGUAGUGCUCAGCUGGGGAUGUAGUAUGUACUGCAAUCAGAUUGUUAGAUGGUGGGCAAACGAACAAAAGUACGAACAUAACUGUUCCAACACAUUUGGCACGAUUUUCUGGUAUUGGGAAGUUUGCUGAUGGCUGGGUAUUGGGAAGUUUGCUGAUGGCUGGCUAAAUUGUAGUGGAUAGUGGUAACAUAGUAAGCAUAUUUGGCAGUAUAGAAGGUCAUGGCAAAAUGUCAAUGGACAAUGUGGAGAAAGCAGACGAGAACCAUCAUGUUAUUUUACUUUAGGGGUCUAAUAUAUAAGAUAUUUGGGUUGACAUCGGUGUCAAACUUUUAGUACAUUCCCAGGGAGUGUGCAAAUCUUCUGGUUAUCUAAAUGUUCUGUAAUCUAUUGCCAUCGACCAACCUUGGUACCUUAAUACCAACAUUUAUGGCAUGUAAAAUCAAUCAAUGGUGGGGCUUCUUCUCUUCUUAGAUCUUUUGGAACUUGUAAAUUAUGGUCUUUUGACGAAAAAAUUCUAAUUGAAAACAUUAUUAAGGUUCUUUCGCUAGUGCUGGGUACUGAAUUCAAUAGCCGGAGUUCGUAACGAAGUUGCUUUCGCAUAGAUUAAAUUCAUUUAGAGAUAUAUGCAUAGGCUUGCCUGGAUUUCAACAUCUGCAGUAGCAGACACGUCUUCAGAAGUGCAGGCUUUUGUUCGUGAAUUUUUGGGGAAGUAUACGCAGAUUGAAGUAAUGACAGUGUUUCUUUGUUCUUAACAUUCUUUUUGCACCGUUAACAAUGGUUUUUCAGAGCAAGCAAUUUGUUUUCCUGAUCGGCAAGCAUGCGAAAAUGUUAAAACACAUAACCUAAGCCCUCUGGGAAGAUUUAAAUAUGGAGAUGGCUGUAGAUCAAAUGAGGUGGGGACGUCAGGGAAGGAGAGAGAGACCUUGUCCCAUGUAUGAACAGUUCAAACCAGUGGAGCUAGCUUAGCCAAGCAAAAUUGCCUAGGCUUGGACAGUUGGCUCAACAUGUCCCAUGUUAAACAUUGGGGUCUGUAUCAUGGGGUCGGUUGACGAGGGCAGCAAAUAGCUUUGCUUAGACAACGUCGAGGUUAUCACCUAUCAACUAUGCCCUUGACAUACAUUGGGGCCAGUAUCAAAUGUAGUCCUAUUGCCUGAUUAUGUUAAGUCUCAGGACCUGUACCGGGGGAGCUGUAGGGACUGCAAUGAUAGUGGAAUGUAGCGUUUAAGCUAUGUCUUGGGUCAACGCUAUUUGUCUUGUGUUGUUUUUUCUUAUUAAUAUUGGUGGCUCAAGUACAAGCGUGAAAUGGUGUACUGCUUGACGAGCCUCUGUCUCUGGCCUACAAUCAUCCAUGGUAGGGUACCUAGGGUGCCCCCGGUGAAGUUUGCAUGGCGAGCCAUGGAGAGCUGAGCUGGUGGCCGGAGCUAGCAGAUGUCUGCUGGGUCCACGUGUCAAGCUGCGUAGGGCUUGGUAACACUUGGUCUAGUCAUGUUUUGAAGGUUGACGAGGAGGUUACAUGACCUGCCACGUGGCAGUCUGCAUAGUGUAUCCUACAAUGACCACUGCCAUAGCCAUAGAGGAUGCAAGAAGGGAGGUGAAAAUAUUGAGAGCUUUAACGGGACAUAACAAUCUAGUCAAAUUGUAUGACGCAUUUGAAGACCAUGAAAAUGUUUACAUAGUGAUGGAGCUAUGUGAAGGUGGGGAGCUUUUGGAUAGAAUACUAUCAAGGGGUGGAAAGUACACAGAAGAUGAUGCAAAGGCUGUUCUGAUUCAAAUAUUAAAUUUUGUUUCUUUUUGCCAUCUCCAGGGUGUGGUGCAUCGGGAUCUUAAGCCAGAGAAUUUCUUGUUUACAUCCAAGGAGGAGAACUCACAAUUAAAGGCUAUAGAUUUUGGCUUGUCAGAUUUUGUGAUGCCAGAUGAGAGGCUCAAUGACAUCGUCGGUAGUGCAUACUAUGUGGCACCAGAAGUCCUGCAUAGGUCUUACAGUACAGAGGCUGAUGUCUGGAGUAUAGGUAUUAUAGCAUAUAUCCUCUUGUGUGGCAGCCGUCCAUUUUGGGCUCGAACUGAAUCUGGGAUCUUUCGGGCUGUCCUAAAAGCUGAUCCAUGUUUUGAUGAACCACCUUGGCCUUCUCUAUCUUCUGAGGCAAAAGACUUUGUCAAACGCUUAUUGAACAAGGACCCCCGAAAAAGAAUGACAGCUGCUCAAGCUCUAAGUCAUCCAUGGAUCAAAAAUAACAAUGACGAAAAAGUUCCACUGGAUAUACUGAUUGUUAAACUCAUGAAGGCUUAUAUGCACUCGUCUGCUCUUCGAAAAGCAGCUUUACAGGCUGUAGCCAAAACAUUGACAGUGGAGGAGUUAUUUUAUUUGAAGGAACAGUUCACGCUAUUGGAACCAACUGAAAGUGGCACCAUAAGCUUGGAUAACAUUAAAGCGGCCUUGACAAUAUAUGCAACAGAUGCUAUGAAGGAAUCUCGCGUCCUUGAAUUUCUAGCAUCACUUAAUGGACUUCAGAAUAGACGGAUGGACUUUGAGGAAUUCUGUGCAGCUGCAUUAAGUGUCCAUCAGCUUGAAUCUCGUGAUAGGUGGGAGCAACAUGCUCGUUGUGCUUAUGAGCUUUUUGAAAAGAAUGGAAACAGGGCUAUUGUCGUUGAGGAACUGGCCUCGGAACUGGGUGUUGGCCCAUCCGUCCCUGUUCAUGCCGUUCUUCACGACUGGAUUAGGCACACAGAUGGAAAGCUGAGUUUCCUUGGGUUUGUUAAGUUGUUGCGUGGCUCAUCUAGUCGAUCACUUGCGAAAGCUCGAUAACGUUUAAAGACAUUCAGCGUCCUCACAAUUACGGGUUUAUGGGUGCUGUUUUUGUCCUUUAACAGAUGGGAUGAGAACUGUUCAAGGCACUGGCAAUGUUCAUUUCUGGAUUCGGAGCACGAGCUUUUUAUUUCACUUUGGGGUGAUUUCGAGCAGUGAGUAAUCCUAUUACACUUUAGGGUGAUUUCGAGUAGUGAGGUAUCCUAUUGUCCAUUAAGCGUUGAAGCACCGAAAUUUCGAAUGCGAUUUGUAAAGUUGUCGCAACAAAUUUGUGUAAAUCUAAGGUGAAUAUUGUUGAGGUUAUUUUGUAAUUAGCUCUUAGUUAAAGGGUCUUGCUUAAAAUUAGUUUGUCUUAUUCUAUUAGGGUUGUAUAUAUACCGUGUAAAUGAAUGAGAUACAUAACAAUUGAGUUUUUCUCCCAAUUCACAUG